GCUACCAUGAGGUUAAAUCAGAACAUCUUGCUGCUGGGAGAGAAGGUGGUGCUGGUACCCUACACCCCAGAGCAUGUGCCUAGGUACCACGAGUGGAUGAAAUCAGAGGAGCUGCGGCGUUUGACAGCCUCCGAGCCGCUGACCCUGGAGCAGGAGUAUGUGAUGCAGCACAGCUGGCAGGAAGAUGCAGACAAGUGUACCUUCAUCGUGCUGGAUGCAGAGAAGUGGCAGACCCAGCCAGGCACCAGCGAAGAAAGCUGCAUGGUGGGAGAUGUGAACCUCUUCCUCACGGAUCUAGGGGACCCCACCUUGGGGGAGAUUGAGGUCAUGAUUGCAGAGCCCAGCUGCAGGGGCCAGGGCUUGGGCACCGAGGCCGUCCUCAUGAUGAUGUCUUAUGGAGUGACCAAGCUAGGUCUGACCAAGUUUGAGGCUAAAAUUGGGCAAGGAAAUGAACCGAGCAUCCGGAUGUUCCGAAAGCUUCACUUUGAGCAGGUGGCUGUGAACAGUGUCUUCCAGGAGGUGACGCUCAGACUGACGAUGAGUGAGCUGGAGCGGCAGUGGCUUCUCGAGCAGACCACCCACGUGGAAGAGAAGCCCUACAGAGCUGGGGCAUCGGAGCCCCGCUGACAGCCGGCCUUGCGGACCAGCCACCCUAUGUGGAUGGGGGUGUGAGACCAGAGCCCUGCAGCAGGCACACAGAGGGGGCCUAUGGGGCAGACUGCUCUGGCCUUGCUGCAGCCUGGGACCCUCCUCUUGGGGCCCUUCAGACUCCGGGCUGGACUUGCCUUGGCCUCCCUCUGGCUGGCCUUGUGGCUGAGCCACUCCAGGGCCAGCCCCUCCUCCUGGCCAAACCUGGACUCAGACUCUUGGAAUCUGGAGUGGACGGCAUGAAUUCACGGGAAGAGGCAGGGUGGAGGUGGAGACGAGGGGGCGCCUGGUGAAUGGGCAGAACCUCCCUUUCCCCUGGAGGGCCAGAGGGGCCACCGAGGCUCUGGCCGGGAGUAAAGUGCACUGC